AUGCCUGAUGAGCAUGAAGGCAAGCUGCCAGGUUCUGCUGCCUGCCCGGGCUGGCUGCCUGUCUGUCUGUCCAGCUCUGACAGCCAAACGACACUUGUUAGGCUCAAGUUUGGUCUGGAGCACACGGCCCCUACUCUUCCACUUUGGACAUGCCGUUGCAAUGCUCGUCACGGGACUUGUUUGACAGCAGCUGCCACACAAAAGCUGGAGCAUGAGCUUCAUACGGAACAGGAGCUGAGGCAGGACUCUGUUGCCCUGCAUCAGUACGCCUCAAAGUAUGCCUUUGGCUAUCGCAUACGUGAUUUCCAUACUGGUAACGAUUUUGGCCACAAUCAAAAUAGGGAUUUGCAUGGCGUGACACGCGGUCAAUAUCACAUUUUAUUGCCAGAUGGACGCGUCCAGAACGUGAUUUAUCAUGCAGACGAUACGGGCUUCCAUGCGGACGUUAGCUUCGAGAGCGGCACAACGAGGCACUGA